AUUAAUUUUAAAUUGCCAUAUAGGUUAGGAGUCUGGUGGUGCGUUCUCGAGUGCAGUCGACUGAAUAGUUAAAUUGGUUACAAAUAAAAACGAUGGCUGAGGAACGAGUGAAGAUGCGAAAGCAGCUGGGGCUGCUGGAAGGGGUAGCUAUAAUCUUAGGCAUUAUAUUCGGCAGCGGUAUUUUCAUAUCGCCCAAAGAAGUAUUACUGUACACAGGGUCAGUUUGGGGUGCACUGUCUGUAUGGGCAAUUUGUGGUGUUCUCGCGACACUUGGAGCUCUAUGUUAUGCAGAACUGGGAACGACGCUAGCGCAGAGUGGCGGAGAUUAUCACUACAUUCAUGAGGCGUAUGGACCUCUUCCAGCCUUCCUAUAUCUGUGGGAUGCCAAUUUAGUAUUCGUGCCCAGCACAAACGCUAUCAUGUCUUUGACGUUUGCCAAUAACAUUCUACAGCCAAUCUUUCCUAAUUGCCCAAUAGAUCCACUGUGCCGUAAACUAAUUGCAGCGGUUACUAUUUGCUUCUUAACUUUCAUCAAUACUUAUGACGUGAAAUUCACGACGCGAGUGCAGAAUGUAUUCAUGUUUACAAAGAUAUCCGCACUCGUUAUUAUUAUUAUUGGAGGGCUUGUUUGGAUGGCUAAAGGAAGAAUUGGUUAUUUCGAGGAUGGUUGGGCAGGAACACAAUUGUCUGUCAGUGAUUGGUCUGUUGCUUUUUACUCAGGCAUAUUCUCGUAUUCAGGCUGGAGUUACCUGAAUUUCAUGACAGAAGAGCUCAAAGAUCCAUUUGUAAAUCUGCCCCGUGCUAUUUACGUGUCAUUGCCUUUAGUGACCGCUAUAUACGUGCUGGCCAAUGUAUCUUAUCUCGCAGUGUUGGGCCCCAACGGUGUUAGAGCAACUGAAGCUAUAGCUGUCGACUUUGCAGUGGAGGCACUAGGUUUUAUGCAAUGGGCAAUGCCAACACUGGUUGCCGCAGCCGUGCUUGGCGGUCUCUCCGUACACAUCAUGGCCUCAUCACGAAUGUGCUUCGCUGGAGCUCGCAACGGGCAUAUGCCAGAACUUUUGGCCCAUAUCAACAUGAAGUGCAUGUCUCCUAUGCCGUCUUUGCUGUUUCUGAUGCUGAUGUCCAUAGUAAUGCUUAUUCCCGACAGCCUGACGGCGCUGAUCACGUACUGCACGGUGGUAGAAUCAUUCUUCACCACGUUAAGCUGCAGCGCCGUCCUGUGGCUCAGAUAUAAGAAACCAGAUCUUCCAAGGCCUAUAAAGGUUAGUCUAUGGAUGCCCAUAGUGUUCGUGACGGUGUGCGCUGUCCUGCUCGUAGUGCCAAUAAUGAGCCAGCCAUUUGCAGUUGUGGCGGGCGCGCUCAUUACUGUCGCCGGGGUGCCUGUUUACUACGCUCUUAUCAAAAACAAACCAGAGAUCAUCGGCGAUUUGUCUGUAAAAUUCACUCAUACUUGUCAGAAGUUAUUUCUAUCAGCGGUUGAAGACAAGGAGGAAUAACAUGCCGCUACUCAUUCUAACUUCGUGCAGAUUUUUUUUUAAUUACUCGAAAACUCAUCAGGGAAAUAAUCUUUUAUAUAAAGUCGUGUAACAAAAGCUGUUACUUUUUAAUUAUAGGAAUUUCGUGUUAUUAAUUAUAGGAAUUCUGUGUUAUUAUUAAUUGUAGGAAUUCCGUGUUUGUUAAUUGUAGGAAUUCCGUGUUUAUUAUUCGUAGGAAUUCCGCGUAGUCAAGUUUACGGUUAAUUUUUAAAUGAGGCUCUAGCAUUUUAAUACCUACAGUAU